AUGGGGGAGUCGGAGAGCGGCCACCAGGACGGCUACAGGGACGACCUCCUCAUCCAGCUCGAGGAAGUCCCAAGGCUGCAGAUGGCCUCGCACGGCUUCCAAAAGGUCCCAGACACCAUCCUCAAGGGCUUGGAGAACUGCGACGCCGGCAAGGCACACGCGGUGAUCAGCCCGCUCGAGGUCGCGACGGAGAUGCCGCAGGUCCAGGGCCUCUGGACCCCGACUGGGCAGCUCCCAUGCGUGAAGCACUUCGAGGGAAAGAACCCCCGCGCCAGCACGGCCCUCGCGAGGGAACCCGGGGCCGAGACCCUCCGCGCGGGGCGGCGUGCCGCUGUCCCGCCCUCGCACGCUCGCGGCCCUGCGGGGGGGGGUCUGCUGCCCGCGGGGGCGCUCGGCACUCCCCCGGGCGCGGAGCCCGUGGUGAUCCCUGGGCGUCUGCCGGCUACCCACGGCCCUCGAAAAGCCGUUGUGGCGGAGACCUGGCGCCCUCCGACCUUGGGCAGCGAGACCGUGCCGCGCCAGAAAAAGGCUGCGCCGCAGGCGGCACCACUCUGGCGGCACACAGCGCCGAGGGGCAAACGGCCGCGGCUUUGGUGGGCGGCCCCGUAUUGGCGCGGCCUCACUGGGUCGGCUGCGCGAGUAAGAAGGUACCCGCUCGCCCGCGCCGCGGGGGGUGGGGGGGGAGAACGAAGAGGAGGAGGAGAAGGGGGAGGAGCCCGAGGGAGUCCGCGGCGGAGGAGCGGCGCCAGCCCGCGCCAUUAGCCAGCAGGCCGCGCGCCAGAGGAGGCUCCGCGCGAGCCCUGCUCGUCGCGUGGGGAGGCCACAGACCUAACCUAAAGACCAAAGUGGUGGCUGCCCAUUAAAGAUAAGUCGUGAGCUCCACAGUGCGCGCAGGCGCCAUGGGCCGGAGAUGCGGCGUAGAGCUGUGCUCUCCUGUAGCGGGACGAUUGCACCAUGGCCA